GGGGCAGUAAUAAGCAUGCCAUCACACCAAAUAAAAAGAAUAAAAAAGAACUACAUAUCCCAGGAUAGUUUGCGGGCCACGCGGAAGGGGCUGUCUCGACCUUGGGUUCUGACGUUUAAAACAUGGCGAAUAAGGAGCCGAAUCGCUUCAUCCAGCACCUGAGGGAUCUGGCUGGCCGGAUGUCCUCAUCUGGUGGCAAAGGGGCAGGAUUAGGACUGAAACUGCUGCUCGGAGCUGGUGCAUUGGCGUAUGGCAUUAAAGAAGCCACCUACACAGUGGAGGGUGGUCACAGAGCCAUCAUCUUCAACAGGAUUGGAGGGGUGCAGAUGGACACGGUUCUGGCUGAAGGACUGCAUUUCAGGAUCCCAUGGUUCCAGUAUCCUAUCAUCUAUGAUAUCAGAGCUAAACCCAGGAAAAUCUCCUCUUUGACUGGUAGUAAAGAUCUGCAGAUGGUGAAUAUAGGAGUGCGGGUGUUGUCCAGACCCAUGGCAUCCAACUUGCCAGCCAUGUACAAGCAGCUGGGGAAGGAUUAUGAUGAGAGAGUCCUCCCAUCUAUUGUCAAUGAGAUCCUCAAGUCUGUGGUAGCAAAGUUUAAUGCCUCACAGCUCAUCACACAGAGAGCACAGGUGUCCCUGCUGGUGCGCAGGGAGCUGUUUGAAAGGGCCAAAGAUUUCAACAUCAUUCUUGAUGAUGUCGCCAUUACUGAGCUGAGUUUUAGCAGCCAGUACACUGCUGCUGUGGAAGCUAAGCAAGUUGCCCAACAAGAGGCCCAGAGAGCCCAGUUCUAUGUGGAGAAGGCCAAACAGGAUCAGAGACAGAAGAUCAUCCAGGCUGAGGGAGAGGCUGAAGCUGCUAGAAUGCUGGGCCAAGCAGUCACUAAGAACCCUGGUUACCUGAAGCUGAGGAGAAUCAGAGCAGCACAGAACAUCGCUAAGACGGUGGCGUCGUCUCAGAACAAGGUGUAUCUUAACGCUGACAGUUUGGUCCUAAACCUACAAGACCAGACAUUUUUUAAUAACUUGACAGUGGGUGCAAAGAAGUGAUGAAGAGGCCACAAGCAAAGGCAGUAAAACCGUCACUUCCUGUGAACCGUCUUGAUUUACUUGCAUUGAAGAAUCAGCGAGAACAAGAGAAUGAAGAUCUAUUUGGUUUUCUUAUGUUUUACUUCUCUCACACUUGGGAGCAGCCUGCAUUAUUUGGACUUUUGCCAAUGAGUUAUUCAGGUGGUAAAAUCUACAUUGAAUAAAUCUAACACAUUUGUCAACCAAAAAGAACAGGAUGUUGGAGGGAUUGGCCAUAUCCAGUUUUACCAGAGCCUCUGUCAGGAGGAGCUGAUUGGUGUAAAAUGUGUAAAAUGAUUUCAGUGCUGCAUUCAUCUCCCAUAGUUUGUUUAAUUUGGCUGCCAAUGUUUUUUUUUACACACGUUUCAUCAAAAGUGUUUGUUUCCUUUCACAGGUAUGACAUGAGAAUGUUUGUCAGGGCUCCAUAGCUCCUGUUUUAUGUGUGUGGAUCCAUGUGUUGAUAAUGCAGCCACUGCUGCUGGCCAGACCACCUUAUGUUAAUAAAUUUUAUUAGAAACAGU